GUCCGUCACGAGUCGCCUUUCAGUCCCUGUCUCGUGUCCCACGAGGCUUUGGCACCGUCUGCUUUGCGGCUGUGACCUGAACAGACUUCUCUUUAACACCCCACAGCGCCAGCGGCCCUAAAGUGACACCAACAGAGCGCUUCAUUCGAUGGCCGCCGUGUGAGCGGAACAGGUCAGGAGAGUAGUGAAGUCCCAGCUCACGACCCGCCGAGCUCGACUCCGCCACAGCGCAGACUGUACGGCUUGUAGCUGCUGCAGUCGUGGGCCAAUCACACGUCCCGUUAAAUCAAAGAAUGCUUGCAACGAUUGGCUGUGAGGUUUUUCUAAGGUCUCUUGUAGCACCGAAGUCUGCAGAGAAUCAUCUUGAUUCACCUGAUUAACCUGACCAAAGAGCGAAACGCUACCAUGUGUGCGAUGCUUACUGGUGCUAACAGCUAGCCGCUAGUAGAACAACACGAACCGAGACUGUUAGCAAACGAGCUCAGAUCGCCUUCCUGCAGGGGGAGAGACGGGGUCAGGAGAACCUGAAGAAAGACCUGGUGAGACGCAUCAAGAUGCUGGAGUACGCCCUCAAACAGGAGAGGGCAAAAUACCACAAGCUGAAAUAUGGGACGGAACUGAACCAGGGGGAGAUCAGACCUCCGAGUUAUGACUCAGACGAGGGGAACGACAGCGAGGCUCCCAGUCCUCCAAACAGCAGCCAUCAGCUCAGCUGGAAACAAGGACGCCAGCUGCUCAGACAGUACCUGCAGGAGGUCGGAUACACCGACACCAUCCUGGAUGUGAAGUCUCAGAGGGUGAGAGCUCUGCUCGGUCUGACCGGAGACUCGGGGGAGAAGCCUUCAGAGAAGAAAGCCGAGCCGAUGGUGAACGGGACCGAGCCGUCCUCGCUGAAGGACAGCGGCAUGGUCAGUAAACCCGACGCGUCCGACUCGGCCACCGUGCUGGAGGCCUUUAAGUUCAUUGAGAGCGCUGCAGCCGAGUUCAGUGACGAGGACGAAGACGAGGACAGCGAAGGAAGAGAGAAGACCAUCUUAGACCUGGCUGCAAUGGUGAGGAAGAAACAGUCGUCUACGCCCUCUUCCACGACCUCUGACCUCAGCGAUGACCCCGACACGGAGGAGGCUCUGAAGGGGUUCGACUUCCUGGCGAGUCCGGACGAGCUGGACGGAUCACCUGAGUCGAGGAGCGGGGAGGACAGCGGAGAGUGGGAGAAGGAAGAGCAGUCUCCUCUGGGUGAACUGGCCUGGGACGUGGACCAGGGACUGAUAGCCCAGCUCAAGGAGCAGUACAGGAAGGAACGCAAGGGCAAGAAGGGGGUGAAGAGACCAAACCGGUCUAAGCUCCAGGACAUGCUGGCUAACCUGCGGGAUGCCGAGGACCUUCCCUCCAUGCAGUCGCCCGUGGCGCCCCCCUCGCGUCCCACUGUGCCCAGACUCAAUGAGCACGAACUGGGACGGCCUGAAGACGAGGCCAUGACAUUCCUGCCGUCAUCUGGGAAGUCGUUCAUCCUGGGCAGAGUGGACGAGGCGGUUUCAAACGAGCUCGGACUGGGAGAACUGGCUGGACUGACCGUCGCCAACGAGGCUGACAGCCUGGCGUACGACAUCACCAAUAACAAAGACGCUCUGAGGAAGACCUGGAACCCAAAGUUCACCCUGCGGAGCCACUUUGACUCAGUCCGGAGUCUGGCCUUCCACCCGGUGGAGCCUGUCCUGGUCACGGCCUCGGAGGACCACACCCUCAAACUGUGGAACCUCCAGAAGACGGCGCCCGCUAAGAAAUGUGCUGCUUUGGAUGUGGAGCCCAUCUACACAUUCAGAGCUCACAGUGGAGCCGUGCUGUGCGUCACCAUGAGCUCCAGCGGUGAGCAGUGCUUCAGUGGGGGGGUGGACGGCACCAUUCAGAGCUGGAACACCCCCAACCCCAACGUCGACCCCUACGACUCCUAUGAGCCGUCUGUCCUGCGGGGGGCGCUGUGCGGUCACACGGACUCGGUGUGGGGACUGGUCUACAGCUCGGCCCACCGUCGCCUCCUCUCCUGCUCGGCCGACGGAACGGUCCGGCUGUGGAACGCCGCCGACACCUCGCCGUCUCUCGCCGUCUUCAACGAGAGGGGAGAGCUGGGCGUCCCGACCUCGGUGGACCUGGUUAGCAGCGAGCCAGCUCACAUGGUGACGUCCUUCACGACCGGACACAUCGGACUCUUCAACAUGGAGACGCAGCAGCUCGUCCUGAAGCUGGACUCUGCCGGGCCGCCAGAGGCUCCCUGCAAGAUCAACAAAGUGCUGAGUCAUCCCACGCUGCCGGUCACCAUCACGGCUCAGGAGGACCGGCACAUCCAGUUCUUUGACAACAACACAGGUAAACUGAUCCACUCGAUGGUCGCCCACCUGGACUCCGUCACCAGUCUCGCCGUGGACCCGAACGGACUGUACCUCAUGUCUGGAAGUCACGACUGCUCCAUCCGUCUGUGGAACAUGGAGAGCAAGACGUGCAUCCAGGAGUUCACGGCUCACCGCAAGAAGUUCGAGGAGUCGAUCCACGACGUGGCGUUCCACCCCACCAAGUGCUACAUCGGUAGCGCCGGGGCCGACGCGCUCGCCAAAGUCUUUGUAUGACCUGAAAGCGCCUGUGGCCGACGGUCGAGCCCAGAGGACGAGCGCCGCCGUGGAAAGGAAACGCUGACCUGGAAGAGGGCGGAGUUCAUCUCCACCGCCCAGUCUGGAUGAGGAAGGUGACAGUGACCCGGACUGACCCUUCAGGAUUUGUCAAAUAUUCGUCCCGUUCGACCCCGCCCCUCGGACUUAGGCUGGCCCGGGUCCCGAAACACGCAAACCUCUGGUUGAAAGGAUGUGUGAAACAGGAAGUGGCAAAUACUAAAAGCAGGACAGUACAUUUAACUACAGCUGGAAUCUUUUUUCUUUUUUAACAGGUAAAACUCCACCGUCACUAACCCGAACUCUCUGCCCGUCGAUCUGGCAUGUCCUCCAUGAUGAUGUGCCUUUUUUCUUCAGAACAUAAAUUCUUUGAGGUGUUGGCGAAAACAGAAUCGGAAGACGUUGGAGCGGCAAAAUCAGAAACCACCCAGAAGGUUCAGUCACGAGUUCACCCAGCGUGUGAACGCAGGCACCGAGUCGGCACAUUUCCGAUCAGAGCUCUAAUUUCAUCUGCGCAAGACUUUUAAUUUGAAAUUCUUUUGGAGUGAUUUCAUUAUUUCCUGUACAAAAACAAACUUUUAAGUUGUGGCUGCAGCCUGACUCAGUCGGUCUGACUCUGAAGAGUUUCAUCCCGUUAACACGGGAGCUCAGAGGUCAGCUGGUCUGGAGUCCGGGCCUCGCUCGGAGACACCUGUCACACCUGAAGGGUCGUCCACGUUCACACCUGCUGUGCAGCUCGUGACUGAAGGACGAGCGCCACAGAGCAGGUGUGUCCCGGGUCCUCAGCUGCAGCACCGCCUCAUGUUGUUAAUCCACCUGAGACCCUCUGGAGGGAGCAACCAAACCUGGAACAGCAGAAACAUUUCAGGUCCUCUCAGGGUUGUGAAGCGAUUUGGCUCGAACUUCCUCUGACUCAGCGGUUUCGAUCGACGUUGCGAUGAUGUGAAAAGCUGCUGCUUUUUGUUGUGUGUUUGCAGGUCGGACGAACUGCAGUGAGCGAAGCCUGCGGUGAAGCUCAUCUCGUUCUUCUGAUUCCCUUUGAUCGUGUUAAUUAUUUAUGACUACUUUAAAAAGCGUCAGAUUAAAGCCAAACGAUUCGGGCGAGACGACCACAUGCUUCCUUCUGAACCCGACGGGUGUUGCAGCUAACGCUAAUUAGCUCAUUUUGUCGUGAAAUAACACAAGCUGCACACGAGCUCCCCUCCAGAUUUGUAUGUGCUUUAUAUGCUGACUGCCUGAAGAUCUUGUAUUUUGUGUAAUUAUGGUUAUCAUUUGGAGCGAUUACUAGUUUUUUAAACGACUCUUCGUGUUUGGUGACAGACUUGUAAGAUACACUUAGAUAUUUUUUUUAAAGACGCUUUCGCUGUUUUACUUGAAAAGUGGAGUUUAUUCCUUUUGGGGUUCUGCUGGUGUUGUAAGAAGUGCAGAAACGCGACUUUACCUCUCAGCACUACAUCACACUUUUUGAUUUUAAAUGAAAUCCUGAGGACUUUGUGUUGCUUUACUCUGAAGGUGACCUGGUGUAAACAAUACGCAGAUGUGUACAGUUUGUAAGUACUAAAGCAGAUAUAUUUAUGAACCUGGUGUAAGUAAGGGAAAAUUUAAAGGCGGGAAUUCAUUUAUUAGCUUCUAAUUGAGCCAAAACAUCAAACCUUAUUUGUGUAACAAGUCAACACAAGUUUGUGAGCUUUCCUGUAAAAUGAUGUAGAAGAUGACUGGAGUCUGGUUGUUUAGUCGUUUGGAGCGAGCUGAUCCUUUGAAAGGUUUUGUUUUCAUGUGACUGUGGGCUGAUCGAUAAGCUCGUGGCCACAGUCCUGGAGCGUUCGGAUCUCCUCUCGGUGAAGUCGGCGUCCUGGAAGUCCAGGAAGUGCUGGUCCACAGCAACACUAACAUUGUCUUUGACCGCUGAGCUCCUUCCUCGUCUUGUGGAAGAGGUGGUCACCUGACGGGGUCACACCAGGUGAACUGGUUCACUGUGGGCUGCAGGUUUGUCCUGGCGGAAGAGCAAACUUCUUGUCAGCUUCCCACUUUGAAGCUUCUUGACCUCCACGUUUGACCCUUUAAAUCUGCUGCUUUUUCUCUGUUGACAGGAACUCAAAGACAUCAAGUCUGUUUACAUUAACAGGGAAGACGUCGACGACUGAGGUUUCCAGCCCGCGGUGUCACAAAUAAGAAAACCAAGUAUUUAAAUUUUCUUGAAUCUUUGCUUGAACCAGUCUGAGAUGGUGGGGAACCACUGAUGUACAGGAAACACAUUAGAACUGUGCUUCAGGUGUCGGGAACAGAUUUGUGAUGCUUUGAAUUGCUUGGUUUGGUUUCUGGGUCAAAUAAGCCAACAAAAACUGAACCAGAAUCAGCGAAAUCACUAAAAACACCCGACUCCCUCACAACUGUUUUAUUUCCCAGUGACAGAAUCGACGCUUGCCAAUAAUUUAGCUCAUUUUGCUGGUUUAUAAACCCUCUGAAGCCGAUUAAACACAGGAGUUGGACGUCACUUCUGCUACAUCAGCAGCAACACUAGCCGGUAGUGAUGUAGGCAGCUGAACUGUUUGUAUACUGUUGUCUUCAGUGGCCAAAAGCAGAGCUGAACCGUCAAACUGAAGCCCGAGUGACAAACUGCUGUCAGGCCCAGUUUGCUUGUAGAUUGUUGUUGUCCUUUGAUGUGUACAGUGAAACUAUUAAAGAGAGAUUAUAGACGCUACUCAGACUGUACAUGAAGUACAUAAGGGUGUUGUUUUUCUUUUUUCAUUGUUGUUCUUAUUUUCAAAAUGGGAGAGUGACAGAUUUAUCAGUAACAACAAUAAAGGAAUAUGUUGUAUAUCA